CUCAUCACAUCAAUCAAACACAUUCACGCAAUCUUUUAAUUCACUCUUUCUAUACUUUUAAAGUAAUACCAAUCAACAACAAUCAAUAUGUUCUCCAAGACCUUCAUCGCCGCCCUCCUUGCCGGCUCCGCUGCCGCAUCCCCAAUCGUCGCUGCCCGUUCUACAAGCGGUUCCUUUGGCCUUGUUUCCAUCAGAUCCGGCACUGACCUCCAAAGCCAAGCCAUCAACGCCUUUCAAGGUGGUCUCUGGAUCGGCAAAGAGCCUUCCUCAUACUGCCCAUUCACUGAAGGCUGCCCUGGUACGUAUUAACCUCAUGAACACAAACAAUCAUAUAACUGACCAAUACACAGAUGGAAAAUACACAUCAUUUGUCGCUGGUGCUGAAACCUCUCUCUCCUUGAACACUGAGGUUCCAGGUGGCCAACAAGUCUACGUUGCAAAGAACUACGCUGUUUCCUACACCGAACCUCACUCUGCCAACACCUUUGGUGGAAAGCUCACUGGAUUCAACUACACUGCCGGCGUGGGUAGCACCUUGGGAUCAUUGUCUUACAAUGGUGACUACGGAUUCAUUGCUUGCGCUUCCACUGAUGUUGGUACCUACCAAGUUUUCGUCACCCCAGGUGGAGAGGGUACUGGAAACUGUACCAGCAUUGCUAUUGCCACUGCUUCAAACCCCUCUGCUGGACCUUCCGCAUGGGAGUACUAAAUCUAGAGAAGGGGAAGAGUGGAGGAGAUGAGGAGCCGGAGGAACCGGGGGAACGAAGGAGAGGAGAAGACACGGCAUGAACUUGUAAACAUUGUUUUCUGAUCAGUUCUUCAGCGACAUCGUUACCUUUUUUGUUUAUUUAAUAUCAUAUGCAUGCUCUCCAUUCCUUAGGGCAUGCACGCAUUUACCUAGAAUAGAAUAAUUCCAAAAAUUUACUUAUAAAUUGU